AAAAAAAAUUUUGGCCGCCGUCGGCGAGGAUCCGGCGACGCCCCCACUGCCACGCGGGCGUACCGAGACUUGGUAGCGUACUAGCGUGUGUGUCAGUGGGCGAUGCUGAGGGCAAUAUCUGGCUGCGAGGACCAAGGUGGCGGCGCGGCGUCGGGUGCAGGCUCAUCGAAACGGGGCGGCCAUGUUGGUGCCCCCGUCUUUCUCCGCGGAGCCGGGGGGCGCCGCCGAUGAACGACCAGCGCGCGUGGGAGGGGGCGCUCGAAGUGGUUAGGUUGAAUCUUGCCCGUUCCCAGGGAACAAAGAGAAUUAACGUUACCAUCAAUCUGAACGCGUGGAGUGAUGCCGGGCAUGCUGUGAAUCAUCUGUAUGAUAUCCUCUACAUGAUGGGCCACGACGACAUUCUGGUUGGCAUUGGUGGCGACGGUGGGAUACCAGAUGCCGGCACCAUAUAUCCCAACGUUGGCGGUUAUUUACCUCUGAUUGACCAGGGGAUCACAACUGCCGGGGACUGCCGGUACAGAAAAGCUGUUCCUCUGGAAGGUGGUGGACGGUUGGACAUUGACACAAACUGGGGAAUUAGAAGGAGCUUCCUUCCACAGGGAAACAGAAGAUAUAUACCAUUUCAGCAACCUACAACGCAGCAAGUAAUGAUCGACACAAUAUCUGCUGGCCCUACAACCGUCAUUCUCACAGGAUCACAUACAAACUUUGCCAUUUUCCUCAUGACUUAUCCACACCUGAAAGGAAAUGUCAAACACAUAUACACUAUGGGUGGUGGUGUUAGAUCGAAGAACCCGACAGGUUGCUGUCCAAAAGAUGUUACCACAGCUUGUACACCACAGCAAUGCGGUGAUAUUGGUAACCUAUUUUCUAGUUACAGUACCAAUCCCUAUGCAGAAUUCAACAUAUUUGGAGAUCCUUUUGCUGCAUAUCAGGUGUUUCAUUCUGGCAUUCCAAUCACACUUGUCCCUCUUGAUGCAACUAAUACGAUUCCAGUCAAUGAAGAGUUCUUUUAUGCAUUCCAACAACACCAAAGUACAUUCGAGGCAGAAUACUGUUUCAAGUCAUUGAAAAUGGCUCGAGACACAUGGUCUGAUGAUCAAUUCCAUGCAAGCUAUUUUAUGUGGGAUUCCUUUACUUCUGGUGUAGCCAUCUCUAGCAUGCGCAAUGACAAGGACUGCCUGCAUGGAAAUGAUUUUGCUGAGCUAGAAUACAUGAACAUUACAGUCUUAACUCUCCGUGAUAACACAGGCCGUUUCGACAUUACAGCACAAUUUCCAUUCUACAGAGAGGUUCUUUACAAGCCAAACUUUGUUAACAAAAGUAGAGGGAAAGUAACCAUCUUUGACAUGGACAUGAGUGCUGGAGAUUUCGUCUCCCUUAUAUAUCUCUUGAAGGCGCCUGUUGAAGAAAUAGAUUUGAAGGGGAUUUUCGUCAGCGGCAAUGGUUGGGCCAAUGCCGCAACUAUUGAUAUCGUUUAUGACAUUCUACAUAUGAUGGGUCGUGAUGACAUUCCUGUUGGCCGUGGCACUUCUACCGCGUUAGGCACUGGAAUCCUUAGCUGCAAGUAUGUCAGUGCUAUUCCCCAAGGGAGUGGUGGACUUCUCGACUCUGACACUCUGUAUGGACUAGCUCGGUCUUUGCCACGAAGUCCUAGAAGGUACACUGCUGAAAAUUCAGUAGAACAUGGCGCUCCUAGAAAUACUGGUAAUCCGGAACUUCGGCAACCAUUGGCUUUUGAAGUUUGGCAGUCUGUUAAAAGGCAACUUGAUCCAAGUGAGAAGAUCACUAUACUUACCAAUGGACCUCUUACAAAUUUGGCCAAUAUUAUGCUCUCUGACAGGAAUGCAAGUUCUGUAAUAAAGAGUGUAUAUGUUGUUGGAGGCCAUAUCAGAGAUGAAAAUGAUUCAAACGGCAACAUGUUCACUGUUCCAUCUAAUAGAUAUGCGGAGUUCAAUCUGUUUCUUGAUCCCCUAGCUGCGAAAGUAGUUCUAGAAUCCACUAUGGAUAUCACUUUGAUUCCUCUUAGCUCUCAGAGAAAAGCUUCUUCCUUUCAGACUCUCCUUGAAUCUCUAGAGUAUGCUGAAAAUACUCCAGAAUCAAGUUUUGUCCUCCAUUUGUUGUCAUUGCUGCAUGACUUGCAACAGAAGCACCGGCUGUACCAUCAUAUGGGUAUAUUUCUGGGAGAACUACUUGGUGCUGUUUAUUUGGUGGAAGGAUCAAACAUGGAACAUUCAUUAUUACUGAAGCCAAUAAGCAUUAUUGCUGACAAUACAACAAGCACGGAUGGACAGGUGGUAGUCGACGAACAGAGCGCAAAUUUGGUGAAGGUACUAGUGGAUUUCGAUAGCGACGAAUAUUACAGUCGAGUUGCCAACCAUCUAGGCAACAUGGAGCGAUCUGCCGUUAUUGGUAGUUUUGCAGAACAGAGGUCAUCAUGGAGCAGGCAACCAGAUAACUUGAGAGUACGCUGACUACUUCUGUACAGUAUUAGCGGUACUGAAAUGAACAUAUAGUUCAUUUUCCUUACUGGACUAGAUGCCCAAGCUUAUCGGAAGAGUGUAAGCCCUCUGCUCAUUCUUAGCAUUGAUAGGAAAGUUCUUGCAGUUUUUGGACCUGUAUGUGACUGCACUGGUACAAUAGAUUUAUCUUUUCAGAAUGAAUGAAA